UUCACUGUUGUUUUUGCUAUUUGGUUGCUGAGAAAGUCCAGGAAAAGAAAAGAAAGGAAAAGGAAGGAGGAUUUUGAAUCACUAUGGGUUACGGUUUUGGGUUUCCAAAAAGUGGCAGGGUAGUUGAAGAGUAAGUGAGAAUGGUGUUGGAUUAGUUGAGUGAUGUUUCUUGUUUACUUGGUCCCAGAUGAUGUAAAUGGUUUGAAGGGUUUUUGCUCAAUGUGACCUGAAGCUUUCUGAGAAAAGCUUUUAGCCUCGGAAUUUGAACCAUUCUAGCUCAAAAGAACUUGAGUUUCUUGGUCAUUGACUGUCCAGUUGAGUUCUUGUUUGGGAAAUUUAGUUUCCAUACCACUCGAAAACCCUUAGAUUUUCCUGUUUCAGGGCAUUUGUGAAGGCCAAUGUCAUAUUGGGAGUAACAAAAGCUCUGUUUGUUCUAGUUCUUAUUUCAAACUUUCUAGAUUUUGAAAGUCAUUGGCUGCUUCUUCCUGGUUUUCACUUUCCUGGGUGAGUGAAAACGACAAAAUGCAGAAGCCUCCACCUUCGGUCGAAUUUGCUCUGAAGGAGACAAAGCCCCAACUUGGCGGGGGCAGUGUGAUUGGGGACAAGCUCACAUGUGCCUAUGACCUAGUUGAGCAAAUGCACUAUCUUUAUGUCCGGGUCGUUAAAGCCAAGGAUUUACCCCCAAAAGAUGUAACUGGCAGUUGUGAUCCUUAUAUAGAAGUGAAACUCGGGAACUAUAAGGGGGUUACCAAGCAUUUUGAGAAGAAGACGAACCCUGUAUGGAAUCAGGUUUUUGCUUUCUCAAAAGAUCGGCUUCAAGCUUCAGUUCUUGAAGUUGUGGUGAAAGAUAAGGAUUUUGUGAAAGAUGAUUUCAUGGGUAAGGUUAGUUUCGAUCUCCAUGAAGUCCCAAGACGUGUGCCACCGGAUAGCCCAUUGGCUCCACAGUGGUAUAGGCUGGAGGAUAGGAAGGGGGAGAAGGCUAAGGGAGAGCUCAUGUUGGCUGUCUGGAUGGGAACUCAAGCAGAUGAGGCUUUUCCAGAUGCCUGGCAUUCAGAUGCAGCAACAGUCAGCAUUGAAAACAUUACCCACAUUCGAUCCAAGGUAUACCUUUCCCCCAAGCUUUGGUAUCUUCGGGUCAAUAUCAUCGAAGCCCAGGACUUGGUGCCUAGUGACAAAAGUAGGUACCCUGAAGUUUUUGUGAAGGGCACCUUAGGAAAUCAGGCUUUGAGAACCAGAACAUCUCAAAUCAAGAGUAUUAACCCAAUGUGGAAUGAAGACUUGAUUUUUGUAGCUGCUGAUCCAUUUGAGGAGCCUUUGGUUUUGACUGUGGAAGAUAGAGUGGCAUCUAAUAAAGAUGAAGUCUUGGGUAAGUGUGUGAUUGCUUUACAGAAUGUACAGAGGAGGUUGGACCAUAAGCCCAUUAAUUGGAGGUGGUACAAUCUUGAAAAGCAUGUGCUUGUGGAUGGGGAACUGAAGAAGGAAACCAAAUUUGCUAGUAGGCUUUGUAUGAGGAUCUGUUUGGAAGGUGGGUAUCAUGUCUUCGAUGAAUCUACACAGUAUAGUAGUGAUUUUAGGCCAACGGCAAAGCCAUUGUGGAAGCCUAGCAUUGGGAUUCUGGAAGUGGGGAUUCUAAGCGCUCAAGGACUGGCUCAGAUGAAGACGAAAGAUGGGAGGGGAACAACGGAUGCUUACUGUGUUGCUAAAUAUGGGCGGAAAUGGGUUAGGACAAGGACAAUCAUAGAUAACUUCAACCCAAAAUGGAAUGAGCAGUACAUUUUUGAGGUCUUUGAUCCAUGUACUGUUAUUACCUUAGGGGUUUUCGACAAUUGUCACUUACAUGGGGGCGAUAAAACUGGAGGGACAAAGGAUCUGAUAAUCGGUAAGGUCAGAAUCCGGCUGUCUAUUCUUGAGUCUGAGCGGGUUUACACACACUCAUAUCCUCUUAUAGUGCUGCAAUCUAAAGGGGUGAAGAAGAUGGGUGAAAUACAGUUAGCUGUGAGAUUCACAUGUUCAACUUUAGUUAACAUGUUGUAUCUUUAUUCACAGCCACUGCUGCCGAAAAUGCACUAUAUUCAUCCACUGUCUGUGAUUCAGGUUGAUAGUUUAAGGCACCAGGCGACUCAGCUUCUCUCAGUGAGACUGGGCAGGGCUGAGCCACCCCUGAGGAAGGAGGUGGUGGGGUAUAUGCUGGAUGUCGAUUCGCAUAUGUGGAGUAUGAGGAGGAGUAAAGCUAAUUUCUUCAGAAUCAUGGGGGUUAUAGGUGGGCUGAUUGCAGUUGGAAAAUGGUUCAACAAUAUCUGCAAUUGGAAGAACCCUCUUACGACCAUCCUCAUUCACAUCCUCUUUGUGAUACUGGUCCUUUUUCCUGAGCUCAUACUUCCAACGAUUCUGCUCUACCUCUUUUUUAUUGCUCUCUGGAACUUCCGACGGAGGCCAAGGCACCCUCCUCACAUGGAUAUCCAACUGUCUCAUGCUCAUGCCGCCCAUCCUGAUGAAUUAGACGAAGAGUUUGAUACAUUCCCAACUUCAAAACCAUCGGAUCUUGUUAGGAUGAGGUAUGAUCGGCUGAGGAGCAUAGCAGGGAGGAUUCAGACUGUGGCUGGCGACAUGGCAACUCAAGGGGAGAGGUUUCAGUCUCUUCUGAAUUGGAGAGACCCGAGAACUACAACUCUGUUUGCAGGCGCUUGUCUGAUUGGUGCCAUAGUGCUCUAUGUUACACCAUUUCAAGUUUUGGCCCUUCUUGCAGGGUUUUAUAUACUAAGGCAUCCCAGGUUUCGCCAAAAGCUUCCUUUUACUCCACUCAACUUCUUUAGGAGAUUGCCUUCAAGAGCUGACAGUAUGUUAUAAGCCCAGUUGCCAUCUCUACUUGGCCACUCCCGUUGUUGACUCUGAUAUGUAUUCUAUGCAGAAAGUGCAGCAACAAAUAAAAUUUGUUUCUUUCUCAAGUCUUUGCCGGACAUGAAGAACUGGUAUGCAUUUCAACUUCCAUUACUGUUAACUGGUAAAACCGGCAAGUUGCUGCUUGUUUAUGUUGUUCAUUUUAAUUCUGUAUCUGUAAUUAAUGCUUUUUGAUUCAGUUUGAAUAAAUUUCAUUGAAGUCUACUGCUAGAA